CACAGCGCAUGUUGAUUUUCACACCGACUGACUGGCACGUGCACGCACAAGUACUGUCGGCUGGCCCAGGAACGAGUCAAGCCAAUGUGCUCAGAAGGAACCACGGAAUGCGAAUCUGCAGUGCGAAAGACGAAGGGAGUGGGGAGAGGUCUAAACUAAUGUUUUUUCGGGAGUGUCCGGCCAGUGGGCCGAUCAAGGUCUGUCGCUGUCUUAGCUGAUUAUCACACUUGCGGUGCUCGAUCAACUCAAUCUACAGCAAGACGCUCUAACUUGCCACCGACCAUGAGCAGGUUUCAAAGUUAUAUCGUUCAUGACUCAUCUUUUUUUCUUGUCUAGGGUACCCCCCACUAUUUUAUCCACUUCACCGCACCAAAUUGACUCCUCUAUCACUUUCGCUGCUCUCGUCCUUCUCCAGCGAUUAAAGGCACACUUUCGUACCGCUCGAGGAUCUUUGGGUCACCGAUUUUUGUGUCCACUCAGAUCUGUUCUACACCAAUUGGAGCGGUCUCCGUGGUCGUAUGCGGCUGUGGCCGCGACACCCGAAGUCAAUGGCGUGAUACACUUGUUGGGAUCCAACCAGUACAAUGUAACCAGCCAGAGUCUACAUAUGAGGAGAACUAUUCAUAACAUUUUAAAUUGGCAAUUGGAUAUUAAUGUGCUACAUGAAUACAAUGUAGUUAACGCGACAUCCGAAGAUUAACUGCCAAGUCAGCAACGAGAGUGGUAAUGAAAACAGUAACGAAGGAGAGACAUCAACGAGGGAAAGACAAUGACAGAAGGAACACGAGCAAUGCACAAAUGGACAUGGUAACGAGGGGUGGACCCGGGGGAAGAAAGACAAAACCUGAAUGAUCAUCCGGGGGCGGUGGGUUGUAUUCUAUGUAUAUUCGAUGCACGAGAAGUAGAAUCCGCGAACCGGUCUAUGUGGCGAAACAGUUUCUCAACUUUCUUACUUCGUACUAAGUAGCACUUGCAAAUCCUCUACUGCUCAACUUCUACACUCAGGCUCUCGUUUCAUCACAACCAUUACUGGUACAACCGCCUUUCGCUCCUUUGUAGCAGCCAGCGUCUCAUUAAAAUCUUCGUUUUGUUGCUGGUAAAUGUACUCGACGCAUCCGAGGCCUCAAUUCUGCAUCGCG